AUAUAUAUAUAUAUAUAUAUAUAUAUAUAUGUCAUGUUUAUCCCCCAUCGCCGCCGUCAAUUUAGCAAUCACUAAACCCAACCGCCCCCACUAAAUCCCACUUUACUCUUACUCUUUCUCUCUCUCUCUCUCAAAAUCAAUCACUGAGCAAACGAAAACCAUGCUGUCCCCAAAUCCACUGUCCCUUUUCUGUGCUCUCCUCCUCUGCUUGCCUCUAGCUGUUGUAUUCACCAUCACAACCACUCCCCCAAACACCACCACAACUGGUGGCGCCACCACCAUUUCCACCACCAGCAACACCACCACUAACAGAAGUGGUGUGUACCCAAUAGUACCCACAUUCACACCCACAAUAAAAACACAACAAAAAAACAAGAACACAACCGCCACCUCUCCACCACCACCGCGGCCGGCGGAAGAAGAUGACGAUGACUCACUGUUCCGACUCGCCGCCCGAGUCAACCCAAAGCCAUCGCCCGCCGGUUCGCGGAAGAAACUCGCCUUCAUGUUCCUCACCACCACGCCACUCCCUUUCGCGCCACUUUGGGAGCUCUUCUUCAACCACACCCCCAAAAAUCUCUACAACAUCUACAUACACGCCGACCCAAGAAUCUACUACGACCCGCCGUUUCGCGGCGUGUUCGACCACCGAGUCAUACCCUCCAAACCCACUCGCCGGUACUCACCCACUCUCAUCGCGGCGGCGCGUCGCUUGCUUUCUCAAGCGCUUCUCCACGACCCGUCAAAUUCCAUGUUUGCCCUUCUAUCCGCUUCGUGCAUACCCCUACACUCCUUCAACUUCACCUACAAAACACUAAUCAGGUCAAAGAAAAGCUUCAUCGAAAUCUUGAAAAAUGAGGCCGGCGCGUAUGACAGGUGGGCGGCGCGUGGGGAAGGCGUGAUGCUUCCGGAGGUGAGGUUCGAGAGUUUUAGAAUUGGGUCUCAGUUCUUCGUGUUGACACGUCGGCACGCAAGGAUAGCCGUAAGUGACAGGCGACUGUGGUCUAAGUUCAAGCUACCGUGUCUAAAAACUUCCACGUGUUACCCUGAGGAGCAUUACUUCCCUACGCUCAUGAGCAUGAAGGACCCACGUGGAUGCGUGCCAGCGACGCUGACUCACGUUGACUGGAAAGGUCGUCAUGAUGAUCACCCUCGCACGUACGGUGCAGCUGAGGUGGGCCCAAAUCUGAUCAUGUCUUUGAGAAAGCACCGGCCUAGAUACGGUGCUGUUGGUAUCAACGGCUCUGAUUCGUCUGUGAGGAGAAGGCGUGACCCGUUCUUAUUCGCUAGAAAAUUCUCCCCGGACUCGAUCCAGCCGUUGAUGAGUAUGGCCAAUGACGUCAUCUUUAAAGAUCAGCAUGUCAAUUCUGUAAAUUACACAAAUUUUAGAAGGCAAUAAGUAAAUUAUAAAGAAAGGCGGGACAAACCUGUGCUUUUUGUCUUUACGUACGAGGCUUUAUAUGUAAGUCAAAAGAGUCGAUUCGUUAUCAUCCUCCUAAAACGAGUCAAAUUGGUGGAUUUUAAUGACUCAAAAAGCGGACUAGUUUUGGAGUUUAUAUUACCAAUCGAGCAAGUUGUAAAAAUUAUUUACACCAUUUCUCAACUUUUCAAACUAAUUACAAAAUUGGGACUUUUAAUUUAUCAAAAUGCACUCAAUCCCCUCAAAUGACAAUUAAUACUCCUUCUGUCCAAAAAAAAAAAAAAUAUCAUCCUUUCCUUUUUGGUCUAUCCCAAAAUAAUUGUCACUUUCCUUUUUUAAACAAGAUAUUUUACAUCUUUUCAUAUAUGUUAUUCGAAUUUAAAAUUUCAAACUUGAAUAUUCAAAACUUAAAAAGACAAAU